GGUACGGCUAAAAAAAGCCUAAAACCUCCUGCCUGCGAGUCUGUCUGAAAGGAGGAGAGCAAGAAAAUGGCAGCGCCACCUCUGAGCCUCGCACGCCGCGUCGCCGGCGCAUCCUUCCCGGCCGCCGCGGCGCAUUCCUCCUCCCGUUCCAGUCACUUGCGUCCUCGCCUGCUCCCUUCGAAGAGAUGGAGCAGGGUGGUGAGGAUGGGGGCGGCAGUGGGAGGCGGGCAGGGGGGCGCGGAGGAGGAGGAGACGAGGCAGGCCAAGGAGAUGGCCGCCGCGAGGAGGCGGUGGGAGACGCUGAUCAGGGAGCAGAAAAUCAAGACCCUUACACCCAGGGAAGCUGGCUACACGUUCAAACUGACGGACAAGGUCCUUCUGGAUGUUAGGCCCUCAAAUGAGCGCCAAAAGGCCUGGGUGAAAGGCUCUACCUGGAUUCCUGUAUUCGAUGUGGAUACGUCGUCUGAUGUGAAUGGCCUAAGCAAGAAAGCAUUCAGCUUUGUUAUGGGUGGCUGGUGGAGUGGCAGCUCAACAAUGUCAUUCAAUAAGAAUUUUGUACAACAGGUCCAGGAGAAGUUCCCAAAAGAUACAGAUAUUAUCCUAGUGUGCCAGAAAGGACUGAGAUCAAUUGCUGCUUCCGAGCAACUUUACAAUGCUGGUUUUGAAAAUUUAUUCUGGGUUCAAGGAGGGCUAGAAGCUGCUGAAGAGGAGGAUUUCGAGCGGGAAGGUUCCCAGCCUUUCAAGCUUGCUGGUAUUGGUGGCAUUUCUGAAUUUUUUGGCUGGACGGAUCAGCAACGUGCACAGGCUGCAAAGGAAGGAUGGAGCUAUCGGCUGCUCUUCACGGGCCGAUUGGUUGGAGCAAUCGUGCUAGCAGAUGCUUUAUUCGUCGGUGCACAAAGUAUUGGCCCUCUGCUUCAGCAAUUGCAGUCUCGUUAACGGAUCGGUUUUUUCGCCAGAGGAAAAUGUUGUGGUGUUCAAGCUAACAUGGGUGGCUUGUCUUGAGAGACACCAAGCAACUGGAAAAAGGACACAAUGGCAGCUGUUCCAGGCCUGUAAUCACAGAGACUGAGUGUUUUUUCAUGCUUAUAGAUGUAUCUAGUCAUGAAUGUAGAGCCUUAUUUGGUAUCUAGGAGUUACACAAAUUCUGGCCACACAGGUUACUCCGAGGAGUAUGAAAUUUGGUGGAGUUUGCGAA